AGACCUGGAUACUUGACUGCUGGAACAACGCUGUAUAUUUUCAGAUGCGGUAUAAAGACAAAGGUAUAAAGAAAGAAAAAAAAAAUAGAGAGGAAUACCGGAAGUAGUAGUCACCUCGCAUCAUCAUUCAUCAUGGGUUUUCGCGGGAAACUAUACUCGUGCAAUAUUCACACACAUUUUGUACACAAAAUAUAAAUGGAGCAAACGGAUUGCUACAUGUAGCUAGGCAUGCGACUCUUGCGAUGAGUUGUCCAGUGGCAUGAAUGAGUCAGAAUGUCGUCACAUUUCAGCUGAGUAGGUCUAAUUUGCCAAAAGUACAUCCAAAUCGAUGUGGAACACUGCAGCUGAAGCAUAACUCUGAAGUGAAGGAGCAUUUCAACAUGGCAUCAUCAACUCAAAUCGAUUCAGAUCUUGCAAGCUGCUCAUAUCAGCUCUCUCCAAAUAACAAACUACCUAAAAAUGCAUCCAACCAGCCGGAAGAGGCGACGGAUAGGCCUAAACCCCAAGCAUCACCCAAACGACCAAUCAGGGAUGCAGUAGCCGCUGCAAAGCUCAACAGCGCUCUUCUGCCUGCCAAGGUGACAAGAAUAGGUGCAUCGCCGAAAAGGAUGAAAAAGGAAGGCUCGUGGAGAGGGGAUGAGAGUGCAAUAAAGAAACCUAGUCCAACCAAGAGUGAUAAAAGUGAAGACCAGGAUCCAAGCGCCAGUGGGGAGUCGUUCAAGGACUCGGAAUACACAGAAGGUCUAGAUGUGCUUGCCCGUUGGAGUGAUGGCCUUUUCUAUCUGGGAACUGUCACAAAGGUUGAUAAAGAACAUGAGCGUUGUAUGGUAUCUUUCGAGGACGAAUCUGAAUUCUGGGUGCUCUACAAAGAUCUGCAGAAGGCCCACACCCAGAACGAGGAUCAGGACAUCACAUGCUUUAUGUGCAGUGAUGGAAGGUCAGAGUUCCCCGAUGAAAUCGUCAUCUGUGACAGAUGUGGUCGAGGAUACCAUCAACAAUGUCAUAGUCCAGCCAUAGAAGGAUCUAUUCUACAGAAUGAAGAUGAACCAUGGCAUUGUAGACCAUGUGUUUUUGUCAACUCAGUCAAGGUUGGUGGUGCGUUGAAGAAAGGCCCUGCUGCCAAAGCAUUUCAAGAAGUAAAGAAAACACUUCCUUACAAAAUUGAGACUAUUCACUGGGAUGUUGGUCACAAGACAAAUACAGAGCAAUGUUAUUGCUAUUGUGGUGGCCCAGGAGAGUGGUAUCUGAAGAUGCUUCAGUGUUGCCGUUGCAGACAGUGGUUUCAUGAAGCUUGUGUCCAGUGUAUAGAGAUUCCGAUGAUGUAUGGCGAUAGGUUCUAUAUAUUUGUAUGUUCUGUGUGCAAUCAAGGUCCAGAGUAUAUCAAGAGACUUCCUCUAAAGUGGACGGACCUUGCUCAACUGGUGCUUUACCAACUCACUCUGUUACACAAGAAAAAGUACUAUGAUUUUGAAGAGGAGAUUUUACCCAAUCUGACGCAGAAUUGGGGCAAUUAUCAAGUACCUCAUCUGUCUGAAACAACUCGAUCCGAGAAACAAGAAAGAAUGCUAAAUGCACUCCAGAGCUCAAAGAUGAGAUUUGUUUGCGGAAAGGAAGUCAAGAAGAAAAAGAACCUCUGGGGGUUACGGGUCCGCACCCCUCCAGUCUCGCCAACCAUCGUCUUGCCUGCCAUUGGUCAGAUCACUGAUGAUGUCAUGAAUGACAUGAAGAUGACGGGGAAGAAGGUUGUAACCUUUCAGCCAGUCCAGAGUUUAUCUCCUGUGCCAUUGGAAAGGAGAAGGAAACAGAAAGGUCUAACUCCCGAAGAGAUCAUGCGCAAGUCUAAGAAAGCUCGCAAACUCUUGUUACAGGCAACGAGUUAUAAAACCGGUGACCCUCUGACAAGUCCGAACCAGUCCUAUAAAGGCUAUAGUGGUGGAAUGUGUACAGGACUUACUGUUGUGGCAGGUGGCUGCUCCGUCCUUGAUAUGAUACCCCCUCUGGAAAUGGUACCCUUGGGCAACAACGUUGUCCCGUGCUCAAUGACUCUCUCCUCGCAAUGCAGCAGUGACGGAAGCUCGCAAAAUGGUGCAGGACCUAGCAACGGCCAAAUGAACCAAUAUGGCCGUCUGCUCUCAGAACAAUCGAUGGGCAAGAAGCGCAGGGGCAGGAAACGGAAACGAAGGCCCAGCUCCGAGAAUCUGGACAAUGAUACUAGUAAUGAUAGCCAGACGCCUGAGGUUAGUGAUAGUCUCAGAGACACAGAUUCAGAAAUCAAAUUAUUAACUCAACAAAGUCCGAGCAAGACGAAAGUGAACGGCAUCACCGAAGCUGUUUCACCCUUUGGAAUCAUGCACUCUGUUUCAUCUUACUUUGGCGCAGAAGGACGUAUCGCUUGCGGCGAGGGCUACAAGGUGCUUGGGAAGCGCGUCUGUGUCGACGGCAAGGUGCAGUACUUGAUCCAAUGGGAAGGGAGCUCACCGUAACUCUUGAGCCUGUGCCGUUAUGAAAAGAGAAAGUUGCAUCUUGAAGAAAACUGCUCUUUGAGCCCCGAUGAUCUAUGAUGGAAGAGGAAGUGCAAAACAGUUAGAGGAAUAUGGCUGUUGCAUCUUCCAUUCUGAUAGCAGUAUUGGCAUCAAUGUACUAUCUGGAAUAUAUGCAGUUGAAAGAGCAACACCAUGCCUAUUAACCGUCCUAGAGCACUUUCCAAUAUGCAUAUGAAUGAGAAAAGUGUGCAACAUGCUAUAAAAUAAAUUUGCUGAUAGAUGCAGAAUGGCACAUUGAUGGGGUAUUCAGGGCUUCCAUAUAAGUAAAAAAAAAUAUGUGAAAGGAAGAAGGUAACAUGAUGCAUAUAUAGAGGAAUUUCAUUGCCUUGGGCAUUUGGUGAUGCAGCAUUAUAUAAUAGCUGCAUCAUAAUUUUGAUAUGGAUAUGGACAUUGCAUACCUUUCGAACAUAGAUGUGGCUUUAGCAAGUCUUCUUUAUCAUUGUAGAAUAUCAUGAUGAGGGUCUACUCAGUCCACUUUCCUUUACAGAACCCAUUUAACCCUAAUAAGACUGGGGGGGGGGGGGGGGCUUUUGAGACCAAAAUUGCGACCCCCGGAUAUGCGGUUCUGAAAUUUGGCAGCAUUUCGUGAGUGCAUGCAGACCCAAAAUUGCUCAAAAACGUGAAUUUGUUUACAAAAUCUAAUGCAAAAAGUGUUUUUAGCCGAAAUACAUAAAUGUAUUAUUUUUCCUUUUACUAAUUAAAAAUCAAUGAAUUUCAUCUUGUUUAUCUUCAAAAUAAAGUCCCCAACAAUAUCCAUUGAAAAAACAAUGAAAAACAAAAAUAUCGAAAAACUUAGAAAUACAUAAGAAAUUCAGAAAACAAUAAAACACAUAAGAAAAUAAAUGUAAUGUUGCAAUUUUGUUUAAAUACAUCUGAUCAGAUAGUCUGUGAACCAAAAAUUAGCAUUUUAGGGGCAUUAUUUAGUUAAUCAGAGCAAACUUUAGAUUUUUAUGCAUAAAUUAGAAUGAUUAAUUCGCAGUGAGAUUU